ACUUUCACCGGAAAGGCGGAGCAGCGUUUAUUGUUGCUCGUGAGCUGCUGUAAUGGCGGUGUCUCGUCGCUCCGCGCAGCAGCAACAGCAACAGACUAGCAUACAGUCACCGCCAAGGAACAGCUCGCUUUCAGGUGGUCCUUCGGCAAUUGCGCCGAUGGCGUUGGUCAACUCACCGCCAGAAACCGAACGGGAAUGCAGCGGAGGAAUCGAAGCGUCUGCGGCAUCCCCAGACUUCCCUGCCCCAGCAGUACUAGCGAGCAGUGCCAGCUCAAGUACGACAACCUCCGGGGGCAGCAGCGGCUCAAGCCCCGGAUCUGGGGCCACAAGCCCCACGGACGGAAUGAGCGGAAUCGGCGGCGCGUUCAGGGAGUUGUUCGAGGCCUGUCGCAAUGGGGAUGUGUCGAGAGUAAAGAGGCUCGUCGACUCUGUGAACGUGAACGCUAAAGACAUGGCUGGUCGAAAAUCGACUCCUCUCCAUUUCGCUGCGGGUUUUGGCAGGAAAGAUGUUGUGGAGCAUCUCCUGCAGACGGGAGCCAAUGUCCACGCCAGGGAUGACGGAGGACUAAUCCCCCUGCACAAUGCAUGCUCUUUCGGCCAUGCUGAGGUUGUGGGCCUCCUCCUGUGUCAGGGCGCAGACCCCAAUGCCAGAGAUAACUGGAACUACACCCCUCUGCAUGAGGCCGCCAUCAAGGGAAAGAUUGAUGUGUGCAUAGUGUUACUCCAGCAUGGUGCCGAUCCUAACAUACGCAACACUGAUGGAAAAUCAGCUCUGGAUCUUGCCGACCCUUCUGCCAAGGCCGUACUAACUGGUGAAUACAAGAAAGAUGAACUCCUAGAAGCAGCGAGGAGUGGAAAUGAAGAAAAACUGAUGGCUUUACUGACUCCAUUAAAUGUCAACUGUCAUGCCAGUGAUGGGCGAAAGUCAACAUCUCAAAAAAUGCUGUCAACUCCACUCCACUUGGCUGCCGGCUACAACCGAGUCCGCAUUGUUCAACUUCUCCUCCAGCAUGGAGCUGAUGUUCAUGCUAAGGACAAGGGCGGCCUGGUUCCUCUUCACAAUGCUUGUUCCUACGGUCACUUUGAGGUUACUGAGCUUCUGCUUAAGCAUGGCGCCUGUGUCAAUGCUAUGGACUUGUGGCAGUUCACUCCUCUCCACGAGGCAGCAUCCAAGAACCGUGUCGAGGUUUGCUCUUUGCUCCUGAGCCAUGGGGCUGAUCCCACUCUGCUCAACUGUCACAGCAAGAGUGCUGUGGACAUGGCCCCCACUCCAGAGUUGAAAGAGAGGCUGACAUAUGAGUUCAAAGGUCAUUCACUGCUGCAAGCGGCACGUGAGGCAGACAUGGCCAAAGUGAAGAAGACCCUGGCUUUGGAAAUCAUCAGCUUUAAGCAUCCUCAAACCAAUGAGACAGCCCUGCAUUGUGCUGUGGCGUCCCCCCACCCCAAAAGGAAACAAGUGACUGAGUUGCUGCUGCGUAAAGGUGCCAACAUUAAUGAGAAGAACAAGGACUUUAUGACUCCUUUGCAUGUUGCUGCUGAGAGAGCUCAUAAUGAUAUUCUGGAGGUGUUGCAGAAACACGCAGCAAAGAUAAACGCUGUGGACACACUCGGACAGACAGCUCUGCAUCGGGCUGCACUGGCUGGUCACAUUCAAACCUGCAAGCUGUUGCUAAGCUAUGGGGCCGAUCCAUCCAUCGUGUCCCUGCAGGGUUUCACUGCUGCCCAGAUGGGUAAUGAAGCUGUUCAACAGAUUCUCAAUGACAAUGUGCCCACACGUAACUCUGACGUGGACUACAGGUUUCUUGAGGCAGCCAAAGCAGGAGAUCUUGACACAGUGCAGCAACUGUGCACCCCUCAAAAUGUAAACUGUCGGGAUUUGGAGGGCCGCCACUCAACUCCACUCCACUUUGCUGCUGGUUACAACCGAGUGGCUGUAGUCGAAUAUCUACUUCACCACGGAGCUGAUGUCCAUGCCAAGGACAAGGGCGGCCUGGUUCCACUGCACAAUGCAUGCUCGUACGGCCACUAUGAAGUUGCUGAGUUGUUGGUCAGACACGGAGCUUCAGUCAAUGUUGCUGACUUGUGGAAGUUUACACCGCUUCACGAAGCAGCAGCCAAGGGCAAAUAUGAGAUCUGCAAGCUGCUGCUCAAACAUGGAGCGGAUCCCUCCAAGAAGAACCGUGACGGCAACAUGCCACUGGACAUGGUGAAAGAUGGAGACACUGACAUCCAGGAUCUCCUUAGGGGUGAUGCGGCCCUGCUGGAUGCAGCGAAAAAAGGUUGCCUGGCCCGUGUCCAGAAACUUUGCUCCCCAGAGAACAUCAACUGCAGAGACACUCAGGGCCGCAACUCCACACCCCUCCACCUUGCAGCGGGUUACAACAAUCUUGAAGUGGCUGAGUACCUGCUGGAGCAUGGGGCUGACGUCAAUGCACAGGACAAGGGAGGCCUUAUUCCUCUCCAUAAUGCUGCCUCCUAUGGCCAUGUUGACAUUGCAGCUCUGCUUAUCAAGUACAACACAUGUGUGAAUGCCACAGACAAAUGGGCAUUCACACCCCUCCACGAGGCAGCCCAGAAGGGUCGCACACAGCUCUGUGCGCUCCUGCUAGCUCAUGGGGCUGAUCCAACCAUGAAGAACCAAGAGGGCCAAACAGCCCUGGAUCUGGCCACGGCUGAUGACAUCCGAGCCCUCCUCAUGGACGCCAUGCCCCCAGACUCUCUCCCCAGUUGCUUCAAGCCACAGGCCACAGUGGUCAGCGCCGCUGUCAUCUCCCCGGCCUCCACACCAUCCUGCUUAUCUGCUGCCAGCAGCAUAGACAACCUGGCUGGACCUCUGACAGAGCUGGCCAGUGGUGCUGCUGCUGGGAAUUCCGGAGUAGCAGAUGGAGCAACAGGCACUGACCGCAAGGAAGGAGAGAUGACAAUGGUGGACAUGAACAUCAGUCAAUUCUUGAAGAGUCUUGGUCUGGAGCACUUGAGGGACAUUUUUGAAAGAGAGCAGAUCACUUUGGAUGUCCUUGUUGACAUGGGCCAUGAGGAGCUGAAAGAGAUUGGCAUCAAUGCUUACGGUCACAGACACAAACUUAUCAAGGGUGUAGAGAGACUGCUGGGUGGCCAGCAAGGUGCAAAUCCAUAUCUGACAUUCCACUGUGCCAACCAGGGCACUAUCCUCAUAGACCUCGCUCCAGAUGACAAGGAGUAUCAGUCUGUGGAGGAGGAGAUGCAAAGCACCAUCAGAGAGCACAGAGAUGGAGGCAAUGCAGGCGGUGUCUUCAGCCGAUACAACAUCAUCAAGAUCCAAAAAGUGGUGAACAAGAAGUUGAGGGAACGUUACACACACAGGCAGAAGGAGAUCGCAGAUGAGAAUCACAACCACCACAAUGAGCGCAUGUUGUUUCACGGUUCCCCAUUUAUCAACGCCAUCAUCCACAAAGGCUUUGAUGAACGUCACGCCUACAUCGGUGGAAUGUUCGGAGCAGGUAUUUACUUUGCUGAGAACUCCUCCAAGAGCAAUCAGUACGUUUACGGCAUCGGCGGAGGCACAGGUUGUCCGACACACAAAGAUCGGUCCUGCUACCUGUGCCACAGGCAGAUGUUGUUCUGCAGGGUGACCCUAGGAAAGUCCUUCUUACAGUUCAGUGCUAUGAAAAUGGCCCAUGCUCCACCGGGACACCACUCUGUGAUUGGGAGGCCCAGCGUAAAUGGCUUGGCUUAUGCAGAAUAUGUUAUCUACAGAGGAGAGCAGGCUUACCCCGAGUACCUCAUAACCUACCAGAUCUUAAAACCAGAGAGUGCGGCCCAGUCUGCUGCAGGAGCUGAACAGAAGUCAUAGUUGCACACUCACACACCCAGACUGAAUGCUUUUUUCCCCCCCGUUUGUACUGACAAUGCAUAAAAGGUGUUUUUUUUUUCAGUUUUCCCCCCAGUGGGCUCCAUGGUGACCAGUGCUUUGUGAGCAGAUAUGCUGUAUAAUUAUCUUCUAUUUGUCUCUUUUCACUUUGUGUGCAUUAGCUGCAUGUUAACACAUGAGCAUGUGUGGCCCAGUAGUGUGUGUGGGUUACUUAUCUCGGUAGUUUGCCACCCUUUUAGCCUCAUGCCUAAUGAUGGUGGAGAAUUACCAAUGUCUCAUAUCUCUUUACACACACACACACACACUCUUUGAAAUAUGACGAUGAAUACAGCCAUAUCUGGGUUCAUGCUGUAUAGGUAGGAUUCAAGGUGAACACUACAAAAGGUCAUUGACAGUUAUCCUGGAAUGUUGACUGUGAACUUUCAGGACAACUGCUGACUGUUUUCAGUGCUUUUUAGUUAGGUUGCACACGCUGUGUGGAAGGUUGAGAUACAUUUAUUGGUCUGUGAGAGUACGCUCAGUAACGCAGCUUGUUUGCAAUAUAAAACCUCCUAAUAGGUUGAGGUAUAUGCUACACAUAUGGAUGCUCUACAUUCAAAGCAUUAUGUAUGACAGAAUAUCUUUAGUGUUGAAACAUGCUUGUGAUGUUUUAAAAACCGAUAGCCAGUGAACUCAUCGAAGCAUCUUGCUCUCACCGUCUUUGCAAAGACAUCCCAGGAUUUGCACUUUUACAUAGAUAUCUAUUUAAGUUAUUUUGAAUUUAAAUACAUUUUCAGGAAAAAUAAUAUUUGUACAGGUUGUGUAAAUGGUUGUUUAUAACAGUUGCUGUUUAACAGUGUCUUAAGUUGAACAUGAAAUGUGGAUUUUUUUUUCCUUUCAUGUCUUGAUUUCCUUUUUUUUUUUAAUAAAUGUCACAUG